AUGCCGCCGGACUUCAGACGGCCGCAUAUGCAGCACGUAUCGUCCGCACAUGUAGCAAUCCUAGUAGGAGCCGGCAGUGUCCUUUAUGCCAACUACCUGUAUCAAAACUACAUCAUCGCAUCAUUUCACAAAUUCCCCGAAGAAGUCGCAAAGAAGCUUCGACGAGCAUUGUACUACACCAACAUCGAUCUCCAACCAAAGGAAGCCCUGAAAUACUACAAGCAAGCAUUAAAAGUGGCAGAAGAUAUCCAGAUGGACCCUUUCAGUGAUGAGAUUAUUGGCGUUAAGAUUCAGAUGGCGAAGCUGUUGGAGGAUGUUAAUCAUUGGGGAAAGGCGAUUGAAGUACUGGAGAGGACGCGUGCGGACAAUUUGGCCUGGCUGGAGCAGUAUGGUGUUCUAGAGCGAAAUAAAGCGAGAAGGACGAGUGUGCUUGCAAAGACUGUUGGAAUUUCGGUCAAGUUGGGAGAGCUUUACGGUCAUCCGUCCAUUUACGAUCGAGAGAUGGCGCAAGAGCGAUUGGUCUGGGCUGUGGAGACAGUCUUGAAAGAGCAGCGGCGUAGGAUCAACGAGAACGUAAAAGAGGAAGAGGAAGGGAAAUGGAUGAGCAACGACGAAAUUGGAGGCGCGUUGGAAGCGCUGGCACACAGCUACGAAGCAAAGGAUCAGCAUUACCUCGCAGCGCCGCUGUUCUUGCAGGCUUUGAGCCUACAUCCAACGAACAGCUGUCAUCAGGUGGUUCUGAUGAACAACCUAGCAUCCAGCCUAGCCCAGCAGUCACCUCGUGCCGCACGCGAGGCUCAAGCAUACGCAAGCUCGAAGAACAUCUCGGAGCGGCCGACAGGACCUGCUGCCACCCAGGAGAGCAUGAUCGACAAUGCGAAGCUAUGGGCUCAGAAGGCCAUUGAUGUCGCCGCUGGCAUACAACCGCCCGAGCGAAACGAGGAAUGUGACAUCGGCUGUGCCGUCGCAACUCACAACCUGGGUGAAUUCGCCGAGAUGAGCAAGGAUAUAGGGCUGGCGGAGAGGCGGUACAAAGAAGCCAUCAGCAUAUCGCGUGCCAUUGGGUUCGAAGAGGGUGUCGAGCAGAGCAGUGCUCGUUUGCGACAGCUCGCGAAGGCUGCGUAA